GUUGCGAUAAAAAUCAUCGAUAAAACAUGUUUGAAUGAUGAGUACCUGGCUAAAACAUAUCGUGAAAUAUCCAUACUCAAAUCACUCCGACAUCCACAUAUUACGCGGCUCUAUGAAGUAUUGGAAUCAAAAACAAUGAUAUACUUAGUCACCGAGUAUGCACCAAAUGGAGAAAUUUUUGAUCAUCUAGUAGAUAAUGGUCGAAUGAAAGAGCCUGAAGCAGCACGCGUAUUUUCACAACUGAUAUCUGCCGUGGAAUAUUGUCAUUCGAUGGGUGUCGUGCAUCGUGAUCUCAAAGCAGAGAAUGUACUUCUUGAUAAGGACAUGAAUAUUAAGCUCGCUGAUUUUGGUUUUAGUAAUCGUUAUACUGAAGGUAAUCCGCUGACAACAUUUUGCGGGUCACCGCCGUACGCUGCACCAGAAGUUUUUCAAGGGCUUAAAUAUGAUGGAAGGAAAGCAGAUAUAUGGAGUUUGGGAGUAGUACUGUAUGCAUUGGUUUGUGGCGCUUUACCAUUCGAUGGUAAAACUUUAUUAGAAUUAAAAAGUAGAGUGGUCACUGGCAAGUUUCGUAUUCCCUACUUUAUGUCACAGGAUUGUGAAGUACUCAUACGAAACAUGUUAGUAGUUGAACCCGAUCGUCGGUACACACUAAAACAAAUCAUAAAACAUCGCUGGCUUAGCGAAUGGACUACAGAUCUGGAUGAUAUAAACACAGACAUAAAUAAUACACAUUCCAAUGUUAAUCCACUAAUGCGGAAUAGUAGUAAUAGUAGUUUUAAUAGUGAUCCCAAUUCAACAUCAGCUAUGCCGAAUCUUGAUUCUGUUGUAAUGACACAUAUGUUACAACUACCAGGGCUUACAGCAGAUAUGAUUGCUCAAUCGGUGCACGAAAAACGUUUCGACAAUAUAUAUGCAAUUUACAGUUUGCUGAACGAUAAAUUGGAACAAAAACGACGAGAACAACAAAGACUGCAACAUCACGUAAAUUUAGCGUACUCAAGAUUACGUAAAACUAGUAUAACAACAGGAGUCGUAGACCGUUCUGAGCCCGCAAAACAGGAAUCUGUCGAUCGUCUUAGCCCAUUAAGUAAUACAAAUGCAUUCAGUACUGGUUUAGGCUUUAAAUGGACCGAUGUUUCUGUUGAUUUGGAAAAAUUUGGAGAAUUAGAACUGGAAUGUCUAGCACAACCAGAUGAGGCUCAAGAUAACAAUCAAAACCAUCUAUGUGCUAAUGCGCCUGGAACAAAUGGUCCUAACACAAGACGUCAUACAGUUGGUCCUGGAGAUGUGGCACAUGAACAAGCUUUAGUUAAUCCCAAUGUUCCGCCAAUCACCUUUAAAUGCUCAACUGAUAAUAAUGGUACCACAGGACCGUAUGUGCCCAUUAACUUGCCAAUGCUGCAAAAUCAGCCACUACACAAUUUAACAAUUAAGGAUCAACAUUUGCUUAAACCGCCAACGGUGAUGGGAGCAACUGGUGCUUUUGGACGUCGUGCAUCUGAUGGUGGUGCCAAUUUGCAUAUAUAUUACCCUUCCACAAAUAACAUGCCACAAACACCAGGACCCGCACAACAGAUGGAGACAGGUGCAUAUUAUAUAAAUCCAAAUGUAAUUGCCACUGAUAUGAGUACUGGUGCACAUUCAACAAUAUGUGAUCCCAUGCAACAGACACAUCCUCAUCCAGCUACGGACAGUACAGCAACUGGAGAAGAAAGCAGUGAUGAAAUUCAACGUUACAUGCAAAUACGUGGUUGUGCUAAACGACACACUGUUGGCUGUACGGAUGAUCUUUCAGUAACACAUCACCCGGGUGACAACUGCUGUGUAUAUGAACAAAAUGUUAUACCAGGUGCACAUAUGGGCACCAAUAUCACGCAGCAAAGUGUAGUAACUGGAGUUGCUGGUAAUAAUGCAGGAGGUGGAAUACGUACAAGGCGUACCGGUCUACUGACUGUCACAGAACGUCCUCCAGUUAUAAGUCCUGAACUCAUACGUGAAGUUGAAUCGCGUAUGAACCGAAACUAUAUGCCGCCUGCAUUAAAAAUGCAACAAAGUACCAAUGUUAUUCUUAGUCAGUCCCCGCCUAGUGGCACAUUUGGUGCCCAUUCCCAUUCAGGAAGUUCCAAUAUCUUGCAAGCCCAAUCGCUGACAACGUCAUCUGUACCAUUGGCGUCAUCGUGCGCAGCUAAUAACAGACGUAUUUACGGUAGAGCUUGUAAGCUACCCACUGUACAAGAAGUUGGUCGUUAUAGUCCUGUGCGUCGUGCUUCAGAAGGUUCGAAGGCACAGUUUCAAGGACCGUUACAAGAGUGUCAGUAUCUACAAAAAGGUAUUGCACAGCGAAAUUUUUUGGUUGCACCUAGUCCGCCGCUUUUAGAAAAUUCUAUAAGUUUGCCUGGUUCUCCAAUACAUGGUAAGCCUGCAAUGCAUAUGAUGUUUAGACGUAAUCAAGAUAUUGAGAUUCCACAAGAAGCAAUUAAGACGCUAUUACCUGUAUUAGAUCGUCUAACGAAAGAGCAACGCAUCAGCAUUGAAAUGGCCAAAAAAAUUAUGACUACAGGCACUGUACCAUUAGACUUGGCUUCAUAUUUGGGUCUCGCAGCUCAUUCACAGAACACUGUAAGCGGUGGCAAUUUAGAUAUCUUACACACUCAACCACAACAAAUGCAAAGCUGUGGGGUUUUGCCACUUACCUUAUCAAAUAAUACAAAUACAGUUAAUACAAUUAGUAAUACGAUGGGUGGAUAUUCAAAGCAAAUGCUUGGACAAACAUUGUAUCAACAACAAAAACAUAGUGGUGCUGGUGUUGGUACUGGUUUAGUGUGUCAAUUCAGUAAUAUAAAUCUAACUACAAGUGGUUCACCAACGUUAAGUCACUUUAAUGUUUCAAACAAUAGCAGCGGUUGCCAAUCGCCAGUUUACAAUAGUUUCAGUGGUAGCUCUUCACCAAAUACGUAUAUGACCAAUAAUAAUACAUAUAUGCCAUGUGGCGGUAGCGGUGGCAGCUCUUCACCAUUACAUCAAAUUACGAAAGGUAUAUCCGGUCUUACAACUGGUGGAGGAGGUUCUAUUACACGUGGUACAUCAGCUGCUUGCGAAUAUGCUUAUUCAUCUGCUGCACAACCCUUAGAUCUAUCUAUGGAUGUUUGUAGUACGGAUAUACUUACGGAAAAUAAUACUAAUUUAUAUAACCAAGCACCCAAUGCGCAAAAUUGGUUUUUACCUCCAGCAUCUUACUAUGAUUUGAAACCUUUAAAUUUAUCUCCUGCUCAGCCAGUACGUGUGGUAACUACACCCCCAGCCUCUCCUAAUCUAUGUAUUAUACAGGAAGAAAUUGCUAAUGGACAAAUGUGUCACAGUAUAUCUACUGGCACACCGUAUGCUGGAUGUACAGGGGGUGUCAUGUCCGAUGAAUCUGUAUCUGCUUGUCAACCUGCUCAUCCUCAAAUAUGCUUAACCGAUGUACAAGGUAGUGAAAUUACUUUGGUGUCUUCGGAGAAUAGUCAUGAUAGUGACUGCGAGUCAAUUGAACCACAUACACCAUUAGUAUCUCUGCAGGGUCUUAUUAUAACAGAACCUUCAACUGAUAUGCCAUCCAUAACCCGAGGUAUUGGACGAAAGGCAAGCCUUGAGAAUGAGAACAUAUCCGCCCUACGUCAAGAAGCCGAAAGAAAUAAUAGUACAAGUGCAAACACAUCAUCAGCCAAUACAGAUGGAAAUCGACGUGGAAGUGAUAAAUCGCUGGGUUUUUCUGAUGAUUCUUUGAGCAAUGAUUCCAAUAAUUUGUCACCUUGCCAAGAACCGUCAGCAAGUUCAGGUUUUAAAUCAGAUUCUCAUUCGGAAAUUGGUGAUCAAACAGAGGGGCAUUUAACACCAGAUUCGAUGUGUGACUCCAGACGCAUGUCUGAAGAAAUGUGCUAUGAAGUUCCGUUACCACAUGAAUGUUCUAAUUUGGAUUCAACACGAAUUCUCGAAAUUGUUAAACAAACAAUUGAUUCCACAAUGCCACCAAAGGGUUUUAUACUCCAUAAAGGUAGCAUUUCAAAUGAGGAUUGCAUUAAUGCUAGUACGUAUGUGGAAGGAAGACAUAAUAGUGUAACAAAUUCGAUAAUGAGUGAUUCCUCAGUAUCCAGCUCUUCCAUGGAUACUGGACCGACAACAACAAAUUUGAAUCUUGAAUUUUCCGGUGGCUUACAAAUCGAAUUGCAAGUAUGUGAAGGACGGAGUCGCGAUAAUCAAGGUGCAGGCAAGGGUAUUAAAUUAAGACGUAUUUCCGGUGAUCAAUUUGAGUAUGGAAAAUUAUGUCAACAACUAAUAAGUACGCUAACAAUGCAACAGGUAGCAGGUUAACAAAUGGAGUAAUGGAGUUAUAGCUAUAUAAUAAGAGGAUGGUUUAUUUAUACAACGAUGGAUUGUUGUAAUUAAAGAAUAUCAAUAAACUAAACAAAAAUAGGUUAUGCAUUGAACACAGAUAAAAAGACAAACUUUUAUAGAGAGAUACUUUAGAGCCUUGCAAUGUACUUUUUAAACGAAACUUAAAUAAUCAAUAAUCACAAAUUUAAAAUUUAUUAUUGCAAAUUAUAACAAAGUUUUCAAUUUAAAAAGCUUUUAAAUUUACAUUUCUCGUUUUAAAUGCACACAAUUACGUAUAUGUGUACGUAGGCAAGUAGUUAAUCUUUUCGCUAAUUUAAUCGAAAUUAAACAGACUUCUGUAGUUAGUUCGUAUUAGCCUCAAGUGUAAUAUAUGUACAAUUUAAUAUUAUUAUUAAAAGUG